AUGGGGUCAAUACAUGGAGGCGCCUUCGUGCCAGCCCUGAUCGUGGUCGAUAUGCAGGAGGACUUCUGCCCACCGACCGGAUCGCUCGCGGUCCAAGAUGGCCGCACAAUUGCACCCUUGAUCAAUACCCUCCUCGCCCAGCCCGGCUUCGUAGCGCGCGUCGCAACGCUCGAUUGGCACCCCACUGACCACAUCUCCUUUGCCAGCAACCACCCCGCACCGAAUAACAAGCCCUUCGAGUCCUUCAUUGAGAUGCAGAACCCGGCACCUGGAAAAGAAACAGAGAUCAAAUUGCAGCAGCUGUGGCCCGUUCACUGUGUCGCCGACAGUCCAGGCGCAGCCAUCAUCCCCGAGAUCGAAAGCAACCGUGUAGACCUGCUGGUUUACAAAGGCAAACACUCGCAGGUCGAGAUGUAUUCUGCCAUUGCGGAUGCCUUCGGGAACUUGGAUCCAGCCGUCACGGCGCAGUCGGUCAAUAUGGACCUGAUAUCGGCGCUUCGAGCCAAGGGCGUGACGGAUGUCUUCGUGGUCGGGUUGGCCGGGGAUUACUGUGUCAAGUGCACAGCAGUGGACGCGGUCAAGGCUGGGUUCCGGAGCUGGCUCAUCGAAGAAGGGACCAAAUGCGUUGUGCCUGCUGGUUGGGACACGGUGAAGGAGGAGCUGCGAGCGGCGGGAGUUUCGGUGAUCCAUGCUGACGACGCGGUGAUGCGGAAGCUGGCGGUCGCAUCGUCGUGA